GGGGCUUUCUCCAGUCUCCUCGCGGCCGGCGUCUGUUGUGUCGGAGCCGACGGCUGCGCCAUGAGCUGGGCGGCCGCCUUUCUGCUUUGCCUCGUCACUGGCCAGGCGCUGUCGGCGCCGGCGGGUCCGCUGUACGGCCUGAUACAGCGGCUGGUCCGCAACAACCUGGCAGGGGCGCCCGAGAACUUCCGCACGCAGCAGUGGGACUUCGAUCCCGAGGUCUCCGACCGGCGCAGGACCGAGUUCGAGGCCCGCCACGGCAGGAUGGGCGAGCGGCUCGUGGAGCGGUUCGGCCUCGGUGAAGACGGCUUCCCAGAGCUCCACCUGCAGCAGCAGCUGGCCAGGGACGCAGCGCUGGUCGCCCCCGCCGCCCCCACCGCCUCCGCUGCCCCCGCGGCGCCACUUCAUGACAACUCGGUGUACGGCUGACGUCAGAAUGCCGUGCAGCAGUCAUCCCCGGUGCCACUGCCUCGAUAUACUCCAUUGUGAGCAGCUUCCACCUCUCCAGGCGGUCGUGGCGCCGUGUAAAGCAGUGGUGCAAGUGAAACUGUGACGUUCCGUAACUCCUCAUCUUCUGCACGGGCUAAUUUUACAAAGGAAACCAGAUUUCCAGCCAUAUGGCCAUGACGUGCUUUCCACUAAUAAAAAAGUGUUAUAAAAUUCCGCAUUUCUCGCUUCAUAUCACAGCAUUGAUCCUCGCCGUCACAUUGUCUUCUUACAACAUUUUAUAUCCUGGAACAUCGACCACACAAUCCGCUGUCCCACCUCUUAAACCCGAACAUUGGAUCCAUACCUUAAAGUCUUAACCCUCUCAUUCCUUGCACAUCCUUUUCUAUAGCAUCUUUACCGUCUUCCCACCUACCAACAGUAUCACCGGCCGAGAAUGAAUCUUUCAUAAAAUUUCUCGCACUCCAUUAGGCCGUCUGGUACAGCAGCCCUAUGUAGAAUAUUUGAAUAAAAACAGUGUUGGAUGCAACUUAAUAUUUUAUUAACGACGUGUUUCGCCUUCGUGGAACACCUUCAGAUUAUCAGUAAAAAUAGCAAAAUAAGAAAAAAAAUUAGGGUACUGCCCUAGCUUGCACGAUUCUAUAUGUGAAUAAGAAGUUGUCACUGACCUUAAAACUUUCUUUUUGCGACAUUUUAAUCUGUAUGAGACUGAAGCACGUGUGGAACAAGAUGAGCCCGCAGAGACCCAGUCAAAAACAACUAAAAUAG